ACAUAUGCUUAUUAUUCAUACUUUCUCAAAUAUUUACUCUGCUACAGCCAUUGAAUCUGUCUUUGAGCGUCAAUGGACGUUAAUGGCUAGCUUGGUCCACGACGUUAUGUUGUUAUAUUUUUCAAUCUUGAAAUACAAUGGCACAUGUUAUUAAUCAGUGACUGAAAUUUCGCGCUAGGUGAUAUUCACUUCCGGACUUGGUGGUGGCUCAAAGCGUUGUAGAACGCCCCUCUGAAUAACGGGGAGUGAUUUUGGCGUAACUGCGUUGGGGAAAAGAAAGUCGCGUUAGGAAACCCCUACUCUGUGCAGUGCGCGUGUGCAAUAGCUCAAUUCGCCUUUGCACAACUUCUAAACGCGAUUUUAAAAAACUUUAAAUAUACAAAACUUAAUCCACUAUUUUCAUAACAGAUUGUAGUUUUGGGAACAGAAAACUGUAUUGAGAUCAAAUGAUUCAUCGAUGAGAAAAUGUGCAGAAUAUCGGACAAAAUCCAUCUCGUUCCAUCUUCUCCCACUGCCCGCCAUCGGGCUUCCUCGAAAACGCCAAAUCCCUGGGUUCUUCAAGGGCAUGACAUUUCCUGUCCUGACUACUGGCAUCACCAACGCUGUGGUCUUUGGUUCCUAUAGCAAUGCUUUAGACUGUCUCACCCAGUCCCAACGGAAUGACCGAAUCCAAGGCAACCCUGCCUCGGCAUCAGCAGUCUUCGCAGCUGGCUGUUUCUCAGGUCUGGCACAGGUGGUGGUUACUGCGCCUGUUGACCUGGUGAAGGUACGCUUGCAGUCCCAGACCAAGGGCUGGGCUGGGGUCGGUGGUGACGGGUAUCGAGGUCCCAUUCACUGUGUGACUGUCAUCCUGAGGGAGGAGGGGCCAAGGGGAUUGUUUCGAGGGGGGUUGGCUCUUACCCUGAGAGAUGUACCCUGCUAUGGAAUCUACUUCUUGCCUUACGAAAUCACCUGCAGGUUUCUGACUGAAGAAGGCAAACAACCAGGCACAUUUGCAGUAUUGAUGGCGGGUGGGGUGGCAGGCGUGGUGACGUGGGCCUUUGCCACGCCCAUGGAUGUGAUGAAAGCGCGGCUGCAGAUGUCCGGUGCUGGGGGCCGGGUGUACCAGGGGGUCCUGCACUGCAUGAGUGUGAGUCUGAAGGAGGAGGGGGUGAGAGUGUUCUUUAAGGGGCUCCUCCUGAACAGCCUGAGGGCCUUCCCUGUCAACGCCAUCACCUUCCUCAGCUAUGAGCGCCUGAUGCGUUUCCUCACCCGGCCGUCUGCAGACUGACCACAAGACUAUAUGCAUCUCCUGGAUACACUCCAAAUGAUGGAAAGAAUAGCAACAUUGGAUGGGCAAACCAUUAUGUGAAAUGAACUGGUAUAUACAGUAUACCUUAGCAUGCUAUACUCAGAAUUGUAUCUGCUAAACUGGAGUUUCACACUUUGUUAUCCUCAAUGUGGGCACUCAGACAGGGUUCAUGAUGCUGUUUUAGUAGGACACAGUGCUGUGAUAUCAUAGGGUGUCACCAUACUUAUGGAUGCAAACUGUCAUACAGCAUCACCUCUCACAGAGCUAUGAUACCAUCAGUAUUUUAUAUCAUGAGACAACAAAACCUUGAAUAUGAAAACACCUGGAAACCAAAUGUUAAUACCAAGACAUGGUGUAUUUAUGUACGAACUUCAUAGCCUUAAUUUAUCACUUUUUAAGAAACAAAAUGUGAAGCAAAUGGGAAUGUAGUUGGUUUAUUGCUGACAACCAAUCCUCAAUUCAAAUCAACUUUUUUAGUUAAAUAAACCCCCUUCCCCAAAAUGUAAA